AUGAGAUUCAACCCCGACUCAUUUCCCUACUUGGAUCCAGGAGUUGAUCGGAGAGUGGCGCUAAUUACAGGGGGAAAUAGUGGGAUAGGAUAUUAUACAGCAUUCCAUUUAUAUUUACAUGGAUAUAUAGUGUACAUUGCCGGAAGAAGUAAAUCAAGAGUACUAAAAUCGAUUAAAUCCUUGAGAGAAGAAGCCAAGAAAGCCAGACUGAAAUAUGACGGUGAAUUACUAAAUGAGAGAUUUCCAGGAGACCUAAAGUUUCUUGAAGUGGAUUUGUUAAAUUUGUCUUCGGUGUUGAGGGCCGUUGAUACGUUCAAGGAACUUGAAUCGGAGUUACACAUGUUGAUCAACAAUGCGGGAAUAAUAGGAGUCCCACACAGCUUAACAGUAGACAACUUCGAUGUCCAAAUGCAAACAAAUUACGUGGCACCAUUUCUACUUACUUUAAAACUUUUACCUUUGCUAGAGAGGGCUGGCGAAACUGGCGGAGAACCUCCGAGAGUAAUAUACUUGAGCUCUAUCGGUCAUCAAUUUAUAUUCAGAUACUUCAACAUGAAUUCUACGUUUGACUAUAGACCGAACAUAUUGUUUACAUGGUUCAGGUAUGGCUUAUCCAAGACAGCAGGGAUUCAUUUCAUUAAAUUAUUAGCUUUGAGAAAUCCAAAUUUAUUAUGCAUGUCAGUACAUCCAGGAUUCGUCAUGAAUACCAAUUUGUUUUCAUACUGGACGAGAUUGCCCAUAAUUGGCAUUCUAUUUUGGUGCUUCUUUCAAAUUUUCGGCUUCUUCUUUGGAGUUUCAAAUGAAGAAGGUGCAUACGCUACCAUAAGAUGUUGUCUUGAUCCAAGCUUAACUCUAGAGCGAGACAAUGGCAAAUAUUUUGCCACGGGGGGAAAGGAAUCAACACCUUCUCUGGUCUCAAAUAACAUGGACUAUGCAGCUAGAACCUGGAUAUGGACAAUUCAUCAAUUGAGUGAAAGAAAUAUAUCAAUUAAUUCAUGA